GUUCCAUGCAAUCGUCGAGUUGCAGACUGGAAUAUUUCGUUUCAACAAUAAAUGCAAGUAUUCAAACAGUUUAAUAAACUUUAGAGUAAAGAGCGCGUGAAAAGGUGACGCGGAAUGAGGCUGCAUUGCGAUGCAAGGCCCUGAACAUGACUCUUCUCACCGUCACCUCCCUGGAAGGCCUGCGGUGCAUCAGCAACUUCAAAGCCGGCACUUACUGGACGAGCGGCUCGAACGAGGACCUCAACUGCGACUCUGAGAAAAAGUACGCGUGGUGUUCGACGGGCUUUGCCUUGUCCGCGGCUCUGCUCGCUCUCAACGAAUUUUGGCUGCCGACCAACACCACCCCGACCGCCCUCGACCGCUGUCUGGCCGUCGCCAUCUCAAGCACCCCUAGAAGGGGAGUCGAGCACAGGGGGUGCGACCAAACCCUGCCUUUCAUCUGUCAGUACAACGUCGACUGUCCGAAACUCUGCGUCAAAAACGACUCGCUGUUCGACUCUGUUGGAAACUUGAUGAACAAAGCCGCUUACGGAAUUUGGUACAACAUCGGAAACUUGACGUAUCUCUUGGGAAACAAGCCGGUUACUUGGGCUGGCAACUACCAGCAGUGCUGCGCUCUGGGGAUGGAAGCCCUCAACAUUGACAAUGCGGCCGAGCAAACGGGACUAACAAGCCUCACGACCGUCAACAAAGCCAACUGGAGUGCAAACUUCAACUACUGGACUUCCGGUACGUGGCAGGGGGCACCGGUGGGCAAGUGGGCGUGGUGCGAGCCCAGUGGGCCCACCGUUUUCGCCAAGAAUCUCGAUUGGGAGGAGAAGCAACCAGACAACAAAGGGGGAAACGAGAGCUGCGUCCACUUCCGCUUCGUUCUAAACUACACAGGCGCUGUCUUGACCGACAGGAACUGCUCCAACAAAUAUAUUUUUGCUUGCAAGUCAACGUGGGCGACUGCCCGAACCCAUUGCUGCAGGGUUGGUUUGACCCUGGCCUCGAUGGAGUCGGCGGGAAAAGCGAAUUGUUUUUCCAAGAUCGUCUCCAAGUUUGCUCCCGUGACCUUUGGCGACUUCUGGCUGUCCGGCACGGACCUGGACUGCGAUUCGAACUUCCGGUGGUGCUCGAUGAACCGUGCCUUCGAGGAGGCUGAGCUCAGGUGGAAGGUUGGUCACCCUGUGAAAGGCCUCGAUUGCGUUUACCUCGAAGUGAGAAGCGAAUCUUUGCUUUUGGCCACUGCCGACUGCGCCGAAAAGAAAGACUUUUUGUGCGAGGUGCGCAAGAAGGCCACCUCUCAAAAGGCCAUGCAAACAGAGUGCGCAGAAAUCUGGAACAUCACCUCAGGCAUAUGCGAAUCUUUGAAACAAAUUAAAGUGUUUAAUCUAAUCAUUCACGAAACAGAGCAAAUCGACCUGCUUUUGAACGCGAGCGCCUUUCUUGCGACCUCUUUCUCCCUCAAUCUCAAGUGCUUUUUGAAAUGCAUCGGAGUCGAAGUUGGAUUGUUUGACAUCGGGAGCGGCUUGAACAGCAUCAAAAUGUUGCGGGAAAUAGAACUCGUGUCGCAGGAGGAGCCAACGAGGCUUCAACAGGGAUUUGUCGCGCACGACGAAUGCAGUGGAAAAAAACUUGACGACGAAUGCGUGACUGCGUACGAAACAUUCAAGUGCGGCCAGGAGAAGGAGCCCGCGUUGCUCUCGAAAAUCGUGCAAAAUAAUUUCGGCAAUAGCACCAUUUUCCAACCACCGACUCCGUGUGUUCCUCCGCCCCGGACUUGUUGGAUCUCGAAUGCAUUCCCUUGCGUGAAAAAUCAAACUGCCACCGAUCUUUUAAACAAAACCCGUUCUGAUGGCAAGGGAGCCUUGAGUUCCAAGUCCAACGUGACGGUCUACAUUUCAUACCAAGUUCCAAAUGGAAUGCUGAAUCCGAUUGAUGCGUACAAACAUUGCUGCUCAAUCGGAAUGAAGAUGCUGGAGCCCGAAACCAGGGCAGAUGUGAACUUUAUCAUGAAAACCUUUUCGAGUAAUAAUGGCGCACUGGCGGGUGAAACGGAGUUCAUCAACCAGUCGCACGAGGUGUGGUGCCAAAGCCGCAAAGUCUUGCCGGACAACAUGUACUUCGCAGAAUAUAGGUACCCGUGCGCGCCGUCGAUCCUCAUAGCGGAUCACCUCGGCAGAGGUUUGAUUGCUACGACCAUGGGUGAAUCUGACAUCGUCGAUUAUUUCUUAUACCCGGAGAAGUACAAUUCCACUUUUAAGCAACUGUCUAAAUUCAUCUGCAUUGAAACCUAG